CGAUGAACUAGUCGCGUCGCGACCGCGCGAUGGUACGGACGUUUCUUGCGUGUCGCGAAGAACCUCUCCGGAUGUCUGACAUUCAGUGUCCCUUCUUUCGUCGUCGUCGUCAUUCGUUGUCGCGUAUGACAGCAUGACAGCGUCGCGACGUUGACACGGUUUUUAUCCUCUUUCUAUAUUCCUUCCUUUUUUAUUUCUUAUCGAUACUUGAUCGAUUAUCGUUCAGUGCCAAAGGAGACAGAGAGAUCAUCCCUGAUGCUCCGUGCGACAUAGUGGCGAUCCGCGGAAAAUUGUCACUCGGGGCUGCAACGACGCGCCCUUUCUCUCCUCCUCGUUCUCGGCUACGUCGCCUCGGAUUACAUCAUGACAGACACGGCUCCAUCGAAGGCAGCGUAAUGCCGAGGGAAUCUUGUCCCGGGUUACUAUUGACCCUAGUGUCGAUAUUCGUCGGUCUGUGCGAGUCCUUCGCCGCCGGCGGCGCGACAUCCGGCACCCAGCAGCCGCAGCCGCAGCCGCAGCAGCAACAUCCGGUCUGCAAGCCCGGUCUGGAGUUCUGGUCGACCGAACGUGCCUCCUGCUGGCCAUGCACCCGAUGCGCCCCCGACUUCACCCUGAGCCCUUGCGCGGUGCACAAGGACGCGAUAUGCGGCUCGCUCGAGCUCGACUACGCAUCCGGGACGCCCAAAUGGUCGUCGGAGGCCGGCGAGAAGGCCUUCAUCGCCAAGUUCUGGCGGCUCCUCGAGACGAAACAACGGGUUUCCACGGUGGAAACCGGAAAUCUCGACCAAGAUCGAGAUGACGACGAAGGCUCCGGCGAUGAGAAGCCGGUCUAUUCCGCCUCGCGGGAAUCCAAGACGGCACACGAUCCUCGGGAAAGGAGAAAAUCGGCUACCGAGGCCGAUCAAUUACCGUGGGAUUGGCAGACCGGCGCCUUGGUCCUCGCGGUGUGUGCUUGCAUAGUGUUCUUCCUGGUAGCGGGUUGCUCGGCUCUUGUUUACGCGAGGCAAUGGCGGAGAAUGAAGAAAAAUUUUGAGCCAGCGGGUCUUGAGGAGAUCUCAGCCAGAUUGAAUCUGAUGGUGAAGGCGGAGCUGGCCGAGCUGGUUGCAGGGGCGCCGAUGAACCCAGGUGAUCCCGAAACCAGAUGUCAGUAUCUUGAGAAGCUUUUAGACCGGAAACGGGAGACUCCGGUGGUGACGACGGCAACGACAGCGACUGGCUGGCCGGAGGCGGCGGCCGGCAACUUGUACAUUGAAGAGGGGAGCACGAUGACGCCGACGAGGAGUAAGCGAUCGCAGAUCGCGCGGAUUCAGCGCAACAUCGAAACCAUUCUCAGUCACAAGACGAAUCAGGCCACUGACUGACAAUCGUCUAUUCAGCCAAACUGACACGAGACUCCUUAGACUCGCUUAUGAGCACGUUGCGUCACGUUCUAUUAGUGCGAUUGUUAGAGUUAAAUUCGCAUUAAACCGAGUAAACCGUACAAGCUGAAAUUGACGGCGACAUGCGGAGAUCCCGUGAAUUCUCGAUGUAGGAAGAGGGGACGAGGGAUUAUACAUCUAUCGCGCUUUUGUUUUAAUAAUAUAAAGUCGCGAAAAAAUUUUCCAAAUGCUUCCAUUGAGGAAAAAGCACGAAAAAUUAAAAAAUGUAUUUAAUAUAUAAUU